AUUUUAUUGUGUAACCACGAUGGCCCUUUUGGCAUUCCGUAAUUUACCGAUUCUUGUUUCGGUUUUAGAUUUGAAGUGCAACUGAUAAUGUUGACUCAGAGUUAUAUUAAAAGAAGUGUCUUUUUAAAUUGAAAAAGCAUGGCAGAAGAAAAAGAUGACGUCACAUUUGUGAGCACCCUUGAUGACGUAGGGAAGAAGAAGGCGAAGGAAGAGUUGAAUGAGAUGAACGUCAAGGAUCGGGCAUUAGCGGUACAGAGCCUUCGAGGGUGGGUUCUACAACAGAAAUGGCUCAGAGCACCCACUGAUUUCGGGUUUCUACUCCGGUUUCUGCGUGCCCGGAAGUUUAGUCAACUUGCAGCCAGACAGACUUUAGAGAACUACUGGAAGCAGAAGACAAGGUCCCCCGCCUGGUUCCGUGAUGUCGACCCGACAGACAAGACACUCAUAGAAAUCAUAAAAACAGGAUUCUACUUGAUUCCCAGGGCCAAGGACAAACACGGUCGGCGCUUGAUCAUCGACCGUAAAGGUGUACUGGACAUGAAAAACGUUAAAAAGGUUUGGGGUAUUGAUAACGUCUUUAGGGCCAUCUGCCUCAUGUGCGACAACUUAAACAGGGAUGAAACCGUUCAAGUAUACGGCCUCAGUGUCGUCAUUGACAACACAGACCUCAACAUAGGUCACUUCAGGACGUUCAUGGGACAGGAACAAGGACAACAGAUUAUGGAUUAUUAUCAGAACUCGUUGCCUGCGCGGGUAAAGGGGGUCCAUCUCUACAAUGAAUUUGCGCUUUUCGAUGCCGUCUGGUCGCUGGUUAGCCCUCUAUUGAAGCAGAAGACAAAAGAUCGGAUGCAUUUACACGGUCGAAAUAUGACCAAAUUAUACGACGAGUUGGGCAUGGAGUGUCUGCCGACGGAGUAUCUCCCCGACGACUACGACGGACCGUCGCCAGGAAGCUGUCAGCAAAUCAUUGACGACAUGCUGUCGGACCUGCAGUCACCGGAGUUCUGCAAAUACAUCAAGGAUCUCUCCAGCGACAAAUAUGGCGUCGACAUUGACCUUCUCAAACAGAAUGACGCACCUGUUGCUUCGUUCAGGAAGCUCAAUGUCGAUUAAUAUAAAUGUCAGUUGCAAAUGUUUAGUUAACUAUUAUACAUCGCAUCAUUGGAAUGCAAAAUUCAAAAGGUUUUAAGCAAUUAGAGCUGUCUUUUAAAAACGAUGGAAAAGCUGUGAUGGUAAUUCAAUAAUUAUGUCUGUAUUAACAGUGAAGGUAUUGGUAAAAAUGUUAUUUCUAUGUUCAUAACUGUUCUUGUAAUUCAUUAAAAAAAAUAAUCGAAGUGUUACAGAUGAUUAAAGUUAUGUCUCUGAUGCAAAUAUUACGUAUACUAUUAUAGCUGUUGUGAAGAUUUCCCUUGAGUCUUCUAUUAUUGUUUCAGUUUAGAUUGUAUACAGUAAAAACUGCUUUGCGGGUCUAUUAUUGCUCAUUGGGUCAUUGUCAACUUAAAAUGGCCCAAUAGUCACCCGGGUUGACUAGAAGCCGAUUCAUGUCACCCUGAGGUGACUGGGAAGGUUUUCCAGCUUAUCAUGUAGUAAAAGAUUGAACUAAAACAUAUUGUAGAUAUGCGUUUCUCUGAUGAUAGCUGGCAGCCAAUAGCAGUUGUGUAUAGUGCUUACAACAUACUUUACAAAACAUGUAUUAAAUAAAAUAAGAGUACCGGAAAGUAUAAUGAUUUCGAAAUUUUUACUUUUAGUGCUAUUUUUAGUGAAGUCUGUAUUCGCUGUGUGUUUAAUAUUACACUUUGGUCUUGUUUCAGUUCAUAGUAUAUAGCAAUGCAUAAAUGAACGUCUUAUUAUUUAAUUUAUUUUGAGUUGAAGUAGCACUGUACCAUUAGACAUAUGUUAUAUGUGUUCAAGAUAUUUAUUCGUGAGCGAAUAUUAUAUAUGCUUUGAGUACAACAUCUCAGUAAAAUUUUGUUAUCUAUUUUUUUUUAAAUAAGGGACUAUCGCCCUGGCGAUUGUGUUUAUUUGGAUCUGUUUUCAUACGAUAAAUACUUUUUACUGCUUAUUUGUAUACCUCUGAUAUGAAAACUUGCUGUUAGUCGUCUCUAGCUUAGUUUCUCAUUAAACUUCUGACGUAAAUCAGUGGAUCAUUAAAGCGAUGCUGGAAAUUAAUUGUGCUUUAUAUUACAUUAAAACUGAUCGUAUCAUACGGUUUAGACUUUUGGACCGGUUCGUACACCAUAUUGAUGUCUGCUGCAUAAUUCAUCUUUUCAUAUGUUUUGCUUAAAAAAAUACAUAUGGUUAAAUAAUUUUAAUAAGAUGUAUAAAAUUUAAAUACCUGACUGAAUAGUGUUAUCAAAUAAAAACCUACACGGUAUUAA